AUGAAAAAGUUCAGAGAAUUAAAAAAGAACGGGGAUGGAACAUUUGGAGUGGUGAUCAAGGCUGAAGACAUGUAGAGUCAUGAUUUGGUCGCCAUCAAAAAGAUGAAAUAGAAGUAUCACAAUUUUGAAGAAUGCACUAACUUAAGAGAAGUUAAAGCUCUGAUGAAACUUUAAAAUCACCCAAACAUUGUCAAGCUUAAAGAACUGUUUCUGGACAAUGACACUCUCUGUCUCGUCUUUGAGUUCGUAGACAAAAGCAUCUAUCAAAUGUACAUCCAGCAAAAAGAGAUGGGCAAAACCAUUCCAGAAGACCAAAUCAAAUCCCUCAUUUACCAAGUAGCCAAUGGACUCAGUUACAUGCAUAAACAUGGCUACUUUCAUCGAGAUCUCAAACCAGAAAAUCUCUUGGUCUCUAACAACGGCGUUGUCAAAGUUAUAGAUCUUGGAUGCGCAAGAGAAAUCAGAUCAAGACCACCAUACACAGAUUACAUUGCCACCAGAUGGUAUAGGGCUCCAGAGAUUCUAUUGAAACAAGCCAAUUACAAUAGUCCAGUCGAUAUAUUCGCUCUAGGUUGCAUCAUGGCUGAAUUGUUUUUAAAUCGACCUCUGUUUCAAGGCAAUUCAGAAUUAGAAUAAUUCAAUAAGAUCCUUUCCACUCUUGGUACUUUCACUUAAUCCGAAUGGCCAGAAGGAUGUAGACUAGUCUCCUAAAUGGGAUUAGCAUUAGCAUAAUUUUAACCUCUCUAAUUACAAUAGCUCAUACCCAAUGCCAGCACUGAAGCCUUGAAUUUAUUGACUCAAAUGAUUAGAUGGGAUCCCAAUAAGAGAAUCACUGCCACUCAAAUGUUAACUCAUCCAUUCUUCUACAACAUUGAAAAAAUUGCACCUCCCAUCAUUUUUGAAGAGCAAGUCAAAUCUAAAGAUGAAUUGAAAUUUCCAGAAAUGGAAAAAAAACCCAAAUCUUACAGUCAAAAAGAAGAACCUUAGAAUCAAUUCAAACAAAAAUAAUUUGUGCAAUAAUAACCGAUGGAAGACGAUAGCAAUGAUCUAGAUGACAUUUUGGAUUUCAUCACUACUGAAAAUAAACCCCUGCCUUCCAAAUAAUCUACCUAAUCUUCCAAGAGUUUAGAAUAUGGGGAAUACGUUCCAUCUAUUCCUUAAAAUAGAUAACCGAGGAAUUUGUAAUCAAGCUAAUUAUAAGAAUAAUAAAAAAAGGACAAUAGUUCGAUCUACGAUUUUAGUCAUUUGCAGAGUUUCAAACCUGCCAAAAUGCCUAAUACAAAUUCUAAAUAUUGA